AUGUAUAUUCUGCAUUUAUCCUGUAUUUUCUUGUUCGCGCCGGUUUUAUCUGGUUCGCUUAGUUCGCGGGUUGUGUAUAAAGUAGGAGUCCUCAUGGCUUCUCGUUUGGACUCCCCUUUUGACCUGGAGCGCUGUGGUCCAGCAGUGGAUUUGGCCUUGGAUAAGGUCAACGAGAAAUUUCUCGCUCAUCAUGGCAUUGAGCUGCAGAAGGUGCAAGGAAGCUAUCCAUCCUGCUCAGGAGCUAUAGCUCCAGGGUUGGCUGCAGACAUGCACUUCAAGGACGACGUGAUCGCCUUUAUAGGGCCAGCCUGUGCCUUCGCCCUGGAGCCAGUCGCCAGGCUGGCAGCCUACUGGAACACACCAAUCAUUACUGGGAUGGGAGACCAACCCCCAUCUGAAGGAGAACUGGCUGCCCCAGCUAGUGUUGUCAGUCGUAUGCAUCGUCUCAGAAAUCUGCGCAAAGGCACUAGACCACAAACGUUGUUCAACGAUAAAGGCAAGUAUCCGACGUUGACAAGGAUGUCGUACUGCCAGUGUCGCCUGCCUCGUGUCUUCAGCAGCGUGUUCGAGAGGUUCGGCUGGGCACACGUCGCGCUACUGCUUGACAAGUCAGACCUCUUCUCUUUAACUGUCGGUAAAAGUCUGGAGUGGGGACUUCGGAAGAAAGGAGUCUUGAAAGCAGUGAGGGAACUGGACGGCAACGAGAGGGAAUCUUGCGAAGCACUACUCAAAGAUGUCAGCAUGUAUGCCAGAGUGGUAAUCCUGAGCGUGCGUGGCUCACUCGUGCGUGAAUUCCUAUUGGCUGCGCAUACACUUGGCAUGACGCGAGGGGAUUGGGCCUUUCUGGACGUCGAAAUAUUUCAGGGAGGGUAUUGGGGCGAGACAGGCUGGGCAGCUGAUGAUGAGAGGGACACUGCAGCACGAGCAGCCUAUGAAGCCCUACUCCGAGUCUCCUUGAAGCUGCCCACGGGAGACAGGUUCGAUGAAUUUGCUGAUGCUGUCAGAGCCAGAGCCAAGCAGCACUAUAACUACUCAUUCUCUGAUGGUGAAGAGGUCAAUUUCUUCAUCGGUGCCUUCUACGAUGGGGUGUAUCUAUUGGGUAUGGCGUUGAACGAGACCCUGACAGAAGGUGGAGACAUCAGGGAUGGGAGAAAUAUCACCAGGCGUAUGUGGGGACGAGACUUUCAUGGCAUAACAGGCCACGUGCGCAUCGAUGCUGUGGGGGACAGAGAUGCAGACUACGCCAUCUUAGAUCUAGAUCCUGUUACUGGAAAAUUUGAGGUGGUGGCAUUCUUCCACGGCCUCAAUAGCAGCUACAAGCCAGUCCCAGGUAAAGCUAUCCACUGGCCAGGGGGUCGCCGGGGUCCACCUCCAGACACCCCUCGCUGCGGGUUCCUGUGGAACGACCCCAUGUGCCAGGGUGAGGCGCAGACUGUUAUAAUCUAUUGUUUCAUCGGGCUAGCAGUCUUCCUCACCUUCGCUGUAACCGCUGCGUGUGUUGCUUACAAGCAGGCUCGAAUAGACGCCGAGCUGAACAAUACUUCCUGGCGAGUUAGACCGGAGGAGGUACUGGUCGAGGUUGGAACUGGAAUUGGAGCCAGUCCAGCAUUACACAGUAUCAAUGAAGUACUCAAGCUUUCGCUGGGUUGGAGUGCUCGUGGCAGUACCGGCGCAGCAUCUACCCUGGGCACUCCAUCACUCACCCUGUCUUCCUUCACCGUGGGCCUCUACAAGGGGAACAGGGUGGCAGUGAAGAAAAUUCACAGGAAAAAGUUGGAUCUUAAUAAGAAAUUGCUCUGGGAGAUUAAACAGGCUCGAAAUGUGUCCCACGAGAACACGGCACGAUUCAUAGGCGCGUGCGUCGACUGUCCUUUGGUGUUCGUGCUGACUGAGUACUGUCCCAAGGGGUCCCUGAAGGACGUCCUCUCUAAUGAUGAACUGCAGCUGGACUGGAACUUUAGAACGUCACUGGUGCAUGAUAUUGUGCAGGGCAUGUGCUACUUACACGGCGGGCUGGGUGCGCAUGGCAAGUUACGUUCCUCAAACUGCCUCAUCGAUGGACGCUUCGUGCUGAAGAUCUCCGACUAUGGGCUCAACACGCUAUGCACACCAACCGACCUGAUAAAGGACGACACAUAUUAUUACAAAUUACUAUGGACGGCUCCAGAGCUGGUGGCCAGCAGCAUAUACCCUGGUGCUGCAGCAUCCCUCAAAGGAGACGUGUACAGCUUCGGCAUUAUACUUGAAGAGAUAGUCCUGAGAGCAGGACCCUUUCAUAAUUAUACCACUACUAUGUCUAGUAAAGAAAUAGUUGGCCACGUGUGCGCUCGAGAGUCCCCACCAUUUCGACCAGUUGUCAGUGUCGGUGAGGUGGGUGCAGCCGCUGGUGGUGGUGGUGGUGCUGCAGUAGAACUGCUGGACCUGGCCGAGAGGUGCUGGGCAGAGGCUGCCGAUGACAGACCCAGUUUCGAUGCUAUCAAUGCCAAUUAUAUCAAGGGUUAUUGUGACAAUCUAAUGGACGACCUCCUACGUCGCAUGGAACAAUACGCGAACAACUUGGAAUCACUUGUCGAGGAAAAAACGGAACAAUUGUCGCUGGAGAAGCGGAGGUCUGAAGAGCUACUGUAUCAAGUACUACCGAGGCCUGUAGCCCAGCAGUUGAUGGCCGGUGAAGUGGUACAGCCGGAAAGCUUCGAGUGUGUGACGGUGUACUUCAGCGACAUCGUCGGCUUUACGGAGCUGUGUGCUGCCUCCACUCCCAUGCAGGUGGUGGACCUUCUUAAUGACCUCUACAGCACAUUCGACAGGAUAAUUGGGUUCUAUGAUGUUUAUAAGGUGGAGACAAUAGGCGACGCCUAUAUGGUGGUGUCUGGUCUCCCAGAGAGGAACGGUGACCUUCACGCUCGGGAGAUCUGUCUCAUGGCGCUCGCUAUUGUGGAAGCUGUCAGAGGAUUCGUCGUGAGACAUAGGCCUACGCAUCGAUUAGAAGUUCGUAUUGGAGUGCACUCGGGCCCCGUCUGCGCCGGAGUAGUAGGGGUCAAGAUGCCCCACUAUUGUUUAUUCGGUGACACCGUGAACACAGCCAGUCGAAUGGAGUCUACGGGACAACCACUACGCAUCCAUCUAAGCGAAAACACCAGAGCGUUACUGGACCAAUGGGGCACCUUCGUGGUGGAGCGUCGAGGUGAAGUGGAACUCAAGGGUCGCGGGAGGAUGCUCACACACUGGCUGCUACACUGCUCGGAGCCUGAGGCCAGGCCACCCACACAAGGGCUCCAGCCCCCUCCGCAGUAUCCUAUACUGUUCCCUGCAUUACCACAACCAGCUUUAUCAUUACAAGUUCCUUACUUAGUUGUGGAGCCUCCUACUUUAGCGGCUUGA